GUUCUAAAGAAAAUUUUAACAUAGGAUGAAAGCCAUGAUUAAACUACAAUCGCAAAAAAUAGUUCGAACUUUCUCGGAAUUCAGGUUACUGAGAAAUUAGUAUUCAAACAGGGUAGGGGAAAAAACGCAGAAUCCGUAUCUUUUACUAUUGACUUUGGGGGAAAAACUUUUGGUUUUUCAGGUUGAUGGUUUAUUGUUGGAUUAGAAGGAUAAGUAAAACUGUCUUUCGAGUAAUGAGUUAAGUGAAAAAUAUAGUACCUUAACUGUACAGAAAGAUUUCAUUCUGUUCAGCUGUAUAACCAGAUUUUAUUUUAUUUUUUAGUUUUUCUCAUUGACGAUGGUUUUUCAUCAAGAAUUCGAGUCUUUAAAUAUGGAUUGAAUUCAUUGUACUCAGUGGGACCGGCUUUUUUCCACCACAUCUAUCACUUCAUCAACCACUUUUUUACUAUUUUUUACCGCAUUGGACAAUACGGUGAAAAAGCCAGUCCCGUAUUCAGUGAAAAAAUUACGAUCAGUCAUGAUCGUAGGUUCCGCUUGUUUAAUAUAAUUAUAUAAAUGGAUCAUCUUUGUAUCUUUGUUUCAUUUAAAAUUCACUUGUAGACUAGUUAAUAACAGAUAUGAUUAUUUAAUUUAAUGAUCAAUCAAUUAAAUGUUGGCGUUUGUGAAUCGUCGCUUCAUAUUUUUUAUUCGCACCAUUCUCGAAUCAAUAAGUCGAUGUAUCCCCUUUCAGAUCAAGGCGUUAAUUAAGAGAUCUUUUGGUUUUUUAAGUGAUAAUGACAGUGAUGAAGAGAUUAUUAAAUCCCUUCAAGUCCUGGAAAAUAUUGGAUUAGGACUGAUAAUAUCCCGUCGAGGGUACAGUCAAGAUGAAACAUCAUAUGUCCAACCACAUUUCCAUUUCAACAAUAAUCUUAUUCGUUUUGUUUCGAUCCUUAAUUUUAUAAGGUUUUAUCUAAUACUGAUUUACAAACAAAAUGAUAACCUGAGUAUAUUGCUGGGAAAUCCAUUCUUCCAUGAAAAUAGCAGUGACAUGAUGAUCUACUAUGUCAUUGGCGGCGGUAUUACACUGUUUAUCUUACGCGAAUACGUUUUGUACCUUGAAGAGCAUGGAGCUUACACAAUACUCUGUCCUUUUCGAGACAUAAAGGUUUCAGGAUUUGACAAGAAUAUGCUCAAGUUGACAACCAAACAGUGCAAAUCGUUCCACUCUACUUUCCAUAUUUUAAUCACGAUAUGGAUCAGAUGGAUUUAUUGUACAUUUAUUUGUAUUCCCUUUGUUUUAAUCAGUUUGCGUCUUCAAAACCAAGCAAUAGUCAAUAGCGGUCCAGCAAUGUAUAUUUCAUCUUUUUGUUGGAUAAUUUUAGAAUCUUGUGCUUUUGUCUUUAUAUUUGGUGGUUUGUUGACUAUAGGAGCUCACAUGUGUGUCUCAGUUCCUCUGUACUUAUUCCGGUUGAAAAGCUUAAUUGAAUUGUUAAAAAGAGUCAAGAGUAAACAAUUUAUCGAUGACUCUUAUAUUAAAGGCAUGAAUACAGACGUGAUCAGUUAUAUGAAUGAGUUUGAUGAAAUUAUCGCUAAAAACCGUUACAUUUAUUUUUUUCUUUUCAUAAUUAUCUCAUUUGGAGCUGAUACUGCGAUCUUCUUGGGACUAUUCACUAAGCGUCAUUCUAAUUGGGUAUCAAAUAUGCUUGUAAUCUGGGGUCUAAUUAUACUAUUUAUAACUGGAAGUGUUGUUUAUGCCGGUGGAGCUUUUUUGGAUCAGCUUUAUGUGAUUGAUGGUCUAUAUGUUUCGAUCAUAGCCAAAGCCCAACAAAAACUGGAUCAAAAACUGAAGACUCUGGAAAUUCUCGAUCGUAUUCUUAGUCCUUAUUCCGGAGCUAAAAUUGGUGAUGCAUUUAGAGGGGAAAAACUUCUUGCUGUCUAUUACGUUCUUGAAAACGCAAGUACGAUUAUGUUGCUGAUUUGUAAUUUGCAGCUCAUUUCAUCGCAAUAAUCCAUCAUAUACUAUCGGUAUACUAUUCACGACUGUGAAUCAAUGAAGAAUGUACAAAAUAUUAU